AUGAUUUCAAUGUUUGGAGAAUUCGACAAUGCCGGCUUCACCUAUUCGGGUGGUAAUGAAGGGAUCGCGGAGAAUCAAGAUCACGUCAUGAGCGCGGCGUUCGAAUCGAUCACGGUGCACAGCGUGGAUGAUCUUUGUCGAUUCAUGAAGAACCAGACCGCGCCACCUGAAUUGAAAUUGAAGAAGUUGGCGAGUGCGUUUAAACAGAUCGACUUUUAUGAUGAUGACGAAGUACGUCGAGUCGCGGAGACGUUUGCACCGAAUCUGGUUGAGGGUGUAAAGAAGAUGAACCACAAGGAUGCCAAGGAUAUUCACGUUCUCAUGAUGCUCUGCCACAUGAUGACCGAUUUCUUCGGCUGUGAAUUCGAAAAUCUGGAACUAGAGGUGCUUGAUGAGAUGGCUUGUGAGGUUGCGGUGGUCAUCGAUCCACGCCAAUAUGACGUGUUUCGCUGGCAUCAAUCAAUCGACCAUCACACCGAUUACAUCGAGGACCGGAACAAGAUGGUCACACACGCAGCAGCCCAUUUUUUGCGGCCCCGACUCGACGCCCUGAUGCAGGAAGUGGUGGACAACACCUCGACCAUGCCAAGCGAAGAUCAAAUGGCACAGAUCACCGACUAUUUCAUUAAGUACGAGUGUAUGCGCGCUGGAUGGGAGCAGUCCGAGCACAAAACCACGCGGUUCAUGAAUGCGACAACAUUCCUAGUAAGGCUGAUGCGUACAGAGCAUCUCGGCAUGCACCCUCGUUAUGUCAUCCAUCAGCUGGGCCAACAAAUAAAGUGGAUCAUAAAAAUGCUGGGCUUCGAGUGGACACAGCGCAACUACGAGACCUUCCUUCUCACGUUCACUUUUGCCUCUAUCCAGCUAUACGCGGAACUCGAUAAGCACGAUGAUCUGGCCGCCGUCGACAAUGAAGCUCUGGAUCAAUGGACGACGGUGCUGGAGCGAGGCAUAGAAUAUCUGGAUUUGAUGGAAGGCGGAAAAGAGGAACGAUGGCUGACAGAUGAGGAGAUGCUGAAAUGCCUCCAAAUCAUCGAUAAAGGGCUCUUCCAUAUCGGCGAUUACUUGCUCGAGUGUGAUCGACGCGACGUCCGCGUGCCUUUGGACACCAUGGCCGUUUUGCUUCGAUGCUAUUCGAAAUUCACGCGGCACGGCAACGUUGUUCAGCUAGAAAAGAAAUACGGUCCGCGGCUAACCGAGCUUUUCUAUCGGAUGGGACGUGAGCUGCUUGCCGCGCCGAAUGAUGAGAGUUGCCAGACCAUUGUCCACGCCGUCGAAAUCCUGCUGGUCAAUGCCACCAGUCUGAGCGAGCUGCCGACUGAGUUGUGCUUGCUGUUGGCCGACUAUCUGAAAUUUGAUUACGAUGAGGGAUUGAAGGGCAUCGAUAUCGACCGCGAGGGCACCUUCUAUGCCGGACGCGAGCUGCUGAAACGCGAAGACUGGUAUACGCCAGAAGGCCUUCAACUCGCCAUUGAUGCUGCUCAAGAGAAGGUGAAGGCGCGUUCAUCCAUGCUACAGACGCAGCACACGCGGGCCCUGUUGGAAGAACUGAAGAAGAAGCGCGACUCGCUCAACAGCCCCCCGGCCACCCAAGAG